AUGGAGAGAAAGCAACCUCAACAUGUAGCCUUCGAUGAUCCAGGAGGAAGGUCACAUAUCUCCCUUAUUAUCGGUUGUGAUACAACAAAAAGUCAGCUGGACAGAUUAGUGAAAGUGCCACCAAAACGUCCCCAAGGCACACUACAAGGUACAAGUCAUUAA